ACCAAACCCCACACUCUCACUAACAAGAACCUCAAAACAACAAGAACCAAAACCCAAAGUCUCACUAACUCUCUCCUUUUAUACACCACCGUCGACAAAAACAGUCUCUCACUCGUAAUGGAGAGAUAGAUGUGAAACUCUUCUCCAUCAACACUAGCAACCCGAAUUAGAUCUUCAAGGUGCGUGCGUUCGUUCGUUCCUCAUCACCUUUAUUUAAGGCAUGGAUAUUUAUGACAAGAAAAAAGCGUGCGUUCGUUCGUUCCUCAUCACCUUGAAGUGGUGAAUUUGGGUGAUGAAGCAGAAACCUGUGUAGGAAAUUGGAGAAGGAGUUGUGGGUAGUUUGAUCAAGGGAUUCGAACCCUCAUUCGUCAUCUUCUUCAUCACUCGCGAGUGAGUAACCGCUACACCAACCAACAUGAGUUCUCCAAGUCCGUUACAGUCAGCUAUGCUUAUGGGUUCGCCUUGUUUUCCUAACGCCAUUGCUUGGUCUCAAGAUAAUCUCAUUGCUGUUGCUUCUGGAAACCUCGUCACUAUUCUCAGACCAGACUUGCCUAAUGGACCACGUGGCUUGAUUAAAGUCUUACCAAGGGAGCCUCUUAUUGUAGGGUUUGUUCAUAAGAAAGAUGUAGUCUCUGGGUGCCUCAUGCCUACGUCUUUGUAUCGGGAUGAUAAGCCAGUUGUCCAAUCAAUAUCAUGGUCUCCACUUGGCAUGGCUGCCAACUCAGGGUGUUUGUUAGCUGUUUGUACCUCUGAAGGGCACGUGAAGGUUUAUCGUCCUCCUUUUUGUGAUUUUUGUGCUGACUGGAUUGAGGUUGUGGACAUUACUGAAAGGCUCUUUGAAUAUCUUCAAUGUACCGAGUUUAAAGGUGUAGGGGUUCCUUCAUCAGAUUUUUCUGAAGUUCCUAGCAUUAGACCGUGUCUGCAGAAAAAUGCAUUAGCUCAAGCCAAUUCUAUCACACCUAAUGAUGAACUUUUGGAAGAAGUGCCCGAGAAUCAAUUGUCGCCACUGAUUAGCGCUGAUGAAUAUGCUUUCCGUAGUGCAAUGCUAUAUUCACUCGUUGUUUCGUGGUCUCCCUUGCUGCGUGUAGCAUCUGAAUUUUAUCCUGAUCCCAAUACAAGUGCUUCUGUCAGUCUUCUUGCUGUCGGAGGGAAGUCUGGUAAAAUUUCUUUUUGGAGAUUUUACCAACCAGAUUGCUAUACUAUUGAGGAGAGUAAAACUCCAACUGCUGUGAAGUUUGUUGGUUUUCUUCAAGCACACGAUUCGUGGAUCACAACGAUGAGUUGGCUUUUGUUUGCUUUCGAUUCUUCAAUUCCUCUAAUUAUAUUAGCUACUGGAAGCUCUGAUGGGAGUGUGAAGGUUUGGUUGGGUGACAAUGACAAGCUGCUGAAAUCAUCGGAAGUUGAUCAAACUUCCUUCUUGUUAUUGAAUGAGGUUAUAACUGUCAAUGCUGUCCCAGUUUCGGUACUUUCAGUAACUGUGCAUGUUCAAUACCCCUCCAAGAUGCUUUUAGCCAUAGGCAAAGGUUCCGGUUCCAUUGAGAUAUGGCUAUGCGACAUAUCUUCUAGGGAAUUUGAUAAACUUGGGUCAUAUGAUGCACAUUAUUAUGCUGUUACCGGUUUAGCUUGGGCAUUUGGUGGAAGAUUUUUGUGCAGCUGUAGCCAGGAUAAUUUAUUGUGUGGCUGGAUUUUGCAUGAGCGCCGCCUAGAGGAAAUGACCACAUUUUCUGAGAUGCCCCGUAGUAACGAUUCAACCGGCCCUUCAAGAGAUGCAUUUGAUUCAUGUUUUGGAGUAGCUGUGUCCCCCGGAAAUCUUGUUGUUGCAACUGUUCAUUGCUUUGAUGUUGUUAAACUGAAUCGAAUGUAUGAAGGAAGGAUUCUGAGGGCAGCUAUUGAAUACUUAUGGAUUGGUGGGCUACAAGUGGAUGUUUGGUUGAAAUCUCCCUCUCCAUGUUACAUUGAAGAACUUCCCAGUUUUCCAGAGAAAGAAUUAACUUAUUGGGCGGCCAAUAUCAUAUGGUCUUUAAACCAGUAUCAAUGUCUUGAUAAGCCUCUUGUUUUUUGGGAUAUAAUUGCAGCAUUAUUGGCUUUCAAGGAUAACAAGUCAAAAUAUGUAGAAUAUUUAGUGAUCAAAUGGCUCUCGUUAUCAUAUCUGGGAUCUCGUACGAAUCUUCCUCCUGAAGAGGUGUUAUCACGUGUCAUUUCAAGGUUGUCAGAUGUUCCUUCUCGGUUGCUACACUUGCUCAAUAUAAUGUGUAGACGUGUAAUGUUAGCACAUCUGGAUGCUGAUCAGAUAACCACAAUAAACAGCAAAGAUCAUAACUUAGAAGGUGUAUGUCCUGUCAUUGAAGAGCAAAUGUCUAAUUGGAUCAAAAUUCUUUUAGGCAGUGAAAGAGAGCUCCGUGAAAGGCAUGUGGGUUUUAGUUUCUCUGCUGUCAAAACUACCAAGUCCCAUCUAAAAGCACCUCCAUCGCAACCUGGCCAUUGGUAUCCUGUUGGAUUGGCACAGAUGGAACAAUGGGUUGCUUUAAACAAGGAACAGAUACGUGACCAGUUGAAAUUGAUUGCAUCAAAAGUUACUCAUGGAAAAAGCAGGUUUGCAACCAAGAGAUGUUCAGCAGUGGAGUCAUGCAGUUAUUGUUCGGCAUCUGUUCCAUUUGAAUCACCAGAGUUUGGUUUUUGUCAAAGUAAAAAACGCAGUAAUGAUAACGUUAAACCUCACAAGUUAUCGAGAUGUGCUGUUUGUAUGGAGGUUUGUCCUAGUAGCCCCCUAUGGUUUUGUGUAUGUUGCCACAGGUCUGUGUUUAGAUUGGCACCGGAACCACUUUUUAGAAUGUCUUCUUUUUGUCUAGAUUCAGACUCUUCAAAUAGAACUUCCUCUGACGCAGUAUCCUCAAAACCAUUGUGUCCCUUUUGUGGGAUACUGCUACAGAGAAAACAACCUGAUUUUCUACUUUCUCCUGCACCUGUAUAAGAAUAUUAAACUAUUAUUUGUUUAUUAUGAAAGUGUAUAGUGUAAUUUUAAGAGGUUUUGCUGCUUGUAUCACACCCUUAUCUAUUGUGUAUUAUACAUGAGAGGUUACUUAUUUGAAACCA